GCGAGGCGGGCGCUGCUUAAAAGGCCGGUCGGGCGAGCGCGGCGCUGUCAUUCUCGCUCGCUCGCCGUCCGCCCCGUCUCGGUUGCCAUGGCUCCCCCGGUGCCGCCGCUCUUCCGCUCGCUGCUCCGCUGCAAAGCCCUCGCUACGCUGGCCGGCACCCCGCUCGCCCUCCUGCCGCUGCCGCUCCUCGUCCCCACCCAGGAGGCCCGGUGUGGUUAUGUGAUCAUUCUCAUGGCUGUGUAUUGGUGCACGGAGGUCAUUCCUUUGGCUGUCACGGCUCUCUUGCCCGUCAUCCUGUUCCCGAUGUUUGGCAUUCUGGAGUCCAAGAAGGUGUGCAUGCAAUACCUGAAAGACACAAACAUGCUCUUCGUGGGGGGUCUGAUUGUGGCCGUGGCCGUGGAGCACUGGAACCUACACAAGCGGAUCGCCCUGAGAGUGCUGCUGAUCGUCGGGGUGAAGCCUGCCCUCCUGAUGCUGGGUUUUAUGGGGGUGACGGCCUUCCUCUCCAUGUGGAUCAGCAACACGGCCACCACCGCCAUGAUGGUGCCCAUUGUCCAGGCCGUUCUAGACCAGAUGAACAGCUCUGAGCCGGAACUGGCCAUCACGGAGUCAGCGGCCACUGCUGUCCACACCAACCCCAGGAACGAACAGGAAGGGAAGGUGGCCACGGGCCUCUCGACAGUGCUGGUUGUGGGCAAUGGGCACAUCCCGGAGGACUCCAAGCAGCAAGAGAGGGAAGCCAAGAAGCGCGUCAACAAGGGGAUGACCCUCUGCGUCUGCUACGCGGCAAGUAUCGGCGGGACGGCAACUCUCACUGGGACGGGGCCAAACCUGGUCCUGAAAGGCCAGAUGAACCAGUUGUUCCCUGAGAACGGUGACAUCUUGAAUUUUGCCUCCUGGUUUGGCUUCGCUUUUCCCAACAUGCUCCUGAUGCUGAUGCUGGCCUGGUUCUGGCUGCAGUUUUCCUUCAUGGGAUUCCACUUCCGGAAGACCUGGGGGUGUGGGACACAAAGGACGGAGAAGGAGAAGGCUGCCCUCCAUGUCCUGAAGGAGGAGCACCGCAAGCUGGGCCCGGUCUCCUUCGCCGAGGUCAACGUGCUGCUGGUCUUCACGCUGCUGAUCCUCCUCUGGUUCACCAGAGACCCUGGCUUUGUCCCAGGAUGGGCCACUCUCCUCUUCAACAAGGACAAGGAGUAUGUGACAGAUGCCACCGUGGCCAUCUUUGUGGCCUUGUUCCUGUUCAUCCUUCCUGCCACUCGGCCCAGGUGCGGCUUCUGCAGUCAGAGCAGCUGUGAUCUGGAAGAGGCUGAGGAAGCUAUGAAGGAGCCCUUUUUCCCAGCUCCGCUGCUCGACUGGAAGGUGGUCCAGAGGAAGAUGCCCUGGAGCAUCGUUCUGCUGCUCGGAGGAGGCUUUGCUUUGGCCAACGGAAGCGACGCUUCAGGACUGUCCAAGUGGCUGGGGGACCAGAUGACCCCCUUGCACAGCAUCCCCCCCUGGGCCAUCGCCAUUAUCCUUUCUCUGGUCAUCGCCGUCUUCACCGAAUGCACCAGCAACGUGGCCACAGCGACUCUCUUCCUGCCCGUCUUUGCAUCCUUGUCACAGUCCAUUGAGGUCAAUCCACUCUACAUCAUGGUCCCUUGCACGCUCAGUGCUUCGUUUGCCUUCAUGCUUCCCGUCGCCACCCCUCCAAACGCCAUCGUCUUCUCCUACGGACACCUUCGCGUCUCUGACAUGGCGAAGACUGGCAUCGUGAUGAACAUCAUCGGCGUUUUUUGCGUAACCCUGGCCAUCAACAGCUGGGGGCGGGCCAUGUUCCACCUGGACACAUUUCCGUCGUGGGCAAACACCACAGCUGGGAAGUGAGGAGAGAGGCCAGAGAGGCGUGGCUGCAGGGGCCUUCCCCGCCUGGUCGGCCGCCGUCCCCCAAGCCUGUCCUCCAGCCUUAGCAAGCCCAUCGGCGCCCACUCUUCUUUCGGGUUGAGACUGUUUCAGCCUCACCUGGCCUGUCCCUGCGGCUUUCUGAAGGGUCUCUGAGGGAACCAUUUGGGGGCAUCUUCUCCUGGGAGCAGCAUGAGGCCAAUGGUGUUUCCAAGCAAACUAGGGACAGAAUACGGGUUUGGUGUUGUUUAAAAAAAGGCCUUACAGUGGGACAAGAAAGAACCUGCUGCUGCCUUUGCAUAAGGGAGGGAAAGGACUCGCAGUCUUAAGGGGCAGCCAAGCCGGCCUGGAGCUGAGCAACGGCCUCCCCACCUGCCUGCCACAGGCCUGCCAUGUAGCCAUUGCACAGGCAGCUCCUGCCUGACGGAGACACGGGGCACAAAUCCUUGGCCAAGGAGCUUGUUGGAGGACGUUGGCCACACCACAGCCUGCUUGGCAGGAUGCCACGCUGCUUCCCAUGCAAACCGAGGCCCAGCGUGGCCUGGAGGGGAAGCUGUGUGGCGCUGAAAGCAGCGGGCCACGCUGGGCAGCUCCUCUCCCCCCCGGAAGCAGCGGUUGAGGGGGGGCAGAGGGGAAUAUGGGCGGAGGGAGGAGUUGCAGGACAGCCGGAAUCUAAACACAGGUAGCCUAAUAUAUUUGACAUUGUUAUUUAAUUGCCUUAAAUAUUAAUAAAAUACCA